CGAGAGGCGUCGUGGGCGGGGAUUCGGCUGGACGUGCUUCAGCGUGUAGUGGUCAGUUGGUAAUUAUUGCCUCUGAGGCGUCACAGUGAGAUCUGAUAAGUGUACCGUUUGCGGUGAUUAGGAGGAGUGUGAGAGCGGUUGGUCGCCAAUGAGUUGUAGUGAUGCUGUGGUUGAUACUGAGGACUCGCACGUGUCCAUCUUCUUGGAGUGAAGUUACUGAACCACGCAGAAUGCAGUGAUGGGCGUAGAUUGCAAGCUCUGCUGCCAUUUCUGAGGAUUCUUUAGGAGUUGAUCUCACAUGAGGAGUGGGUAUCCGUGCCAAAAAAGGGCAAUGCUAACUGCAGUGCGUUGCUCAUUUUUUCGUGUGGUCCUUGUUGCCCUCCUCCUUGUUGCCCUACUUCAACUUCUCUACCUCUCUCUUCUCUCUAAUUUACAUGGACAACAGCAGCAGAGGUCUGCCCAUCCAGUGCUUGUGGGCACACCUCAUACAGAGCUUAGAUGGCAGAGGGAACAGAAAGAUCAUUUGAAGGCCACAUUGAUGUCUGGUGGUGUACUAGAUGUCAGUGGACAGUAUCGAAUUUAUCGUCACCUUUUGUCACAUGAAGGGGGACAAUCAAACGAUGUGGCAUUGGCUUCUCAUGCAAGCCUAAGUAACCUAUGGCAUUUGCGGGAACUGGUACAGAGGUGGGAUGGCAGAAUCUCAUUAGCACUGUUUGUCUCUAGUGCUGCUCAGGGUAAAGUAGCCACUGUGUUAGCCUAUACCCUUUCACAGCUGUGUCCUUCAGUGAGGCAAAGGGUGUCCAUUCAUCUUGUGUGCCAGUCUGGAGAUGCGAUCAAUUUUCCCAAACAAGAUGAUGCUGCAGAGUUUGCCCAUCUUCAGACAUGCCAGGCUGUCUUUGCCAAGGCAGCAAAUAUGGGCACAAAUAUAAUAAACUAUGCAGGGAAUGCGUCUUACCCCAAUAACUUACUAAGAAAUGUUGCUAGGGCUAGCCUUGGGAGUACAGCGUAUGUAUUGGUGGUUGAUAUUGAUAUGGUACCCAGUCAGGGGCUGAGGUCAGGAUUUUUGGAUUUGGCUGAGCAAGGGCUUGAUCCACACCUGGUAUUUGUGGUACCUGCCUUUGAAAUUAGACAUACUCGGCGGUUGCCUGGCACUAAAGAGGAAUUGCUGCGACUGUACCAAGUGGGAGAAGUGCGGGCUUUUUACGAAGAGUUAUGUCCACGAUGCCAAGCACCUACUAAUUAUUCAGUCUGGCUAAACUUACAAGAGAAGGACACUUCUGGCAGAUUGGCAGUUGCUUAUGUUGUUGAGUGGAGAGAUCCAUGGGAACCAUUCUAUAUUGCAAAUAAACAGGUCCCAGCCUAUGAUGAGAGGUUCAAGCAGUAUGGAUUUAACAGAAUCAGUCAGGCAUGUGAACUGAAUAUGGCUGGUUUCUCCUUUGCAGUCUUGGACUCUGCUUUUUUGCUUCAUAAAGGCCACAAACUACCCGGAGAUUUUCACAGCCAGAAGGAUGCAGAAAACAAAAGAAACCGUUUGCUAUACAGAGGCUUCAAGGAGGAACUGAGGAUGAAAUACCCUGAUUCCAGCAGACACUGCUAAUAAGGUCUUUACCUGACCAGCCUGAACUGUUAAGAACCAAGCUUCUCACAUGAUGAGUAGGAUACAGAAGUUCCUUGUCACCAUAGCAAUAGAGCUUAGUUUUUUUUUGAGAAUUCUGGUAUUAAUCCGUUAUACAUCUAUGUGGUGUAGUGUAUUUGUAUUUAUUGAUGUGUAUGACUGCUGAAAAUCUGCCAGAUCUUCUUUCAACAUUAUUCUUCUCAGUGUAGUCAUUUCUUUCCUUGUUGGGGUGCCUUCACACACUACGUAUUUUGUUGCUGAAAUUUCUGUGACUGAAAAUCAGUUCAUUCAUUUGAAUUGGGCUGAAAGCACAUGGAUUUCUGCAAGCCCCAUUCACGUAAAUGAAACUUAUUAUUAGUUGCAGAGUUUUCUGCAACAAAAUCAGCAUAGUUUGACGGUCCCCUUAGAAAGGAUCUUCUGUGUUCAGUAGAAUAAGCCUGGACCCCAGCAAUCACAUUUUGGCUGUUAUGCUCUGGGCUUAUGAGUUGGCAGAGCAGUCAUAUUCACUGACUGACAAUCUUCCAGAAAUCCAUACUCAGAAAUAGAUCUUAAUAGUUGGAGAUAUUGGGGGGGAGGGGGGGGGGGGGGACAUAAAUAGCAGAGAAAUUGGAUAUUUUUUUGAAUUGGGCCCUAUUGUCCUCUUUCCUGUAUAUUUUGAUUAUUCCUUCCAUUUCACUGCUGCACUAAUUUAUUUCUAUAUAGUUUUUCUCUAUUUCUAGUCCCGAUUCAGUCAUAAACUGUCUUUUCUGGUUUUCUCCUCAAUGCUAGGAUACAAGCAGUAUUUGGAGCUGGCUGAAAAUAAAUAAUUAAAUCUCCUGUGUUUUUUGUUUAUUUUUUUUUUCUUUGUGCUUUUUUUCCGAAUUGUAAAAAACACUAACUUUUUUUAUUUAUUUCCGUAUGGGCCCAUGUAUGUCGCAGUAUAGGGCUGUACUGUGCAAUCAGACUUCUAGGGGGAAUGCUGUAUCUCAACAGCUCAGAUUUUAUUCAUUCUGUAGGCACUAACAUAAAAAAAAUUGUGAUGUGGCAUUAGUCUGUAAAGAGAACUGCAUAGAGGCACAGAUUAUACCAUGUACACAAAGCUUUAAAGUGAACCUCUCAAUUGACUUAUUUUGCCCUACUAGAGAGCAGUAAAUGAGGAGUAAAAAGUAGAGUAAAUUCUGACAGAACUCAAAGAAGAGACAGUGAGAGUCCUGAUUCCCCACAACACACAGUAUGGUUGACGGUCUUCUCUGUACACACACACACACAUCCGUUGACAGGCUCGGACUGGCCCACAGGGGUACAGGGGAGCCCCUGAGCAAAGUGGACCCCUAGUCUACCACCACCUGCACAAGUGGCACAUAACGGUAGACUUACUGCACUACAUACAUAUAUUCAAUGUACAGCACCUCAACCAGCCUAUGUUCAUAUAAAAAAAACUUGUUAGAUUAUUUAUUAUAUUUGAAUGUAUCCGUAUGAUUGCCCCCCCCCCCCCAAAUGAAUUUUACUGGUGGGCCCUAGGUACCCCAGUCCAACACUGCAUGUUGAUAUAGUGAAAGCUGUCAAUCCUGUAUAAUCCCAGGAAAUCCUGCUCUAAAUCAUAUAAAUCUGAGAUGUAAUGGAGCUUUGCUUUUCUACUUCUAUCACUUUGUGCUCUUGGAUGGGGCAGCAGAAAUCACCUGGCAGGUUCACUGUAAAUCCUCUUCUUUAGUGCACUUUUGCAAUAAUAGUGUAUUAAAAAAUAAAUAAAACUGGUAACCUC